UGCUUGAGUUGUUCAUUUUAGCAUUUGGUACCUUCCAAACCUUAAGAGUACAUCAUAUACAUGUUUAUAAAGGAUAUACCAAAAGGUAUGAGCAUAUCUUACAGAAUGCAGUAUCCUAAUUCAGUGGUCAAAGAAUAUAAAUCUUACCUUCCUUUAGUAAGAAAAUGUCCUUUUUCUCAAUUGGUUAAACAAGAAAGAGCAUAUCCAUUUAUAUCACCUUUAAUGUCUUGACUAUGAAGUAAACUUUAUAAUAAACGAAAUACUCAAGAAUCAAAAGACCCUGAGGGGAGGACUAAUUUACUAACAUUUGCCUAUAAAAAAAAAACUCAAGAAUCAAGAAUCAAAAGAGGCAGAGAUAGAUGGAGAGUAUUAAACAUUUCAGCCAUAUCCACCCACUGCAGUUAAAGGAGGAUCAUCAAAACGAUGUUGAGCAAGUCUUUUGCUCAGGUUGUGAAAAACCAAUUUCAGGUCCUGUCUUCUGCUGCAACCAGUGCAACUAUGUUCUUCACAAAUCAUGUGCAGAACUUCCAAACAAGAAGAAACAUCCAUUUCACCCUGAACAUCACCUUACACUCCUUUCAACUCCCCCUUACGAAGGAAUCUGCAUAUGCGAUGCUUGCAGAGGUAUCUUCAACAAGUUCGUCUACCAUUGUUCUCUUUGCAAAUUUGACCUUGACAUAGCAUGUGCUUCUCAGUGGAACCCUGAUGAUGGCCACAAGCAUGCCUUUAUCUCCUUGUGGAAUCCAACAUCACCAUUUGUUUGUUACGCUUGUGGCGAGAAAGCAAGCGAGAUCCUCUCGUGUGUUUGCUCCAUUUGCCAGAUUUGGGUUCAUUCUAGCUGCGCUGAUUAUUGGGAUACCACGACAAAAAAAGAUGAAGUAGAUACAGAAUCUGAUCAAUCCCAAGAUAUUGAUUUCAGUUUAUUUUGUCAUGAACAUUUGUUAAGGUUCGUGGAGGAACAGAGUUUGCAAAAUGUUGAUGAUAAAAUUAAACUCUGUGAUGGGUGUAUCCAACCCAUUAUUACCUCAUCACCUUUCUUUUCUUGUUCUGAAAAUUGUGGAUUUGUUCUUCACCAAAGUUGUGCUGAGUUGCCUAAAACGAAGAAACACCCUUUUCACAUACACCAUUUGAGUCUUCUCCCCAAGGCACCUCCAUAUGAUGGCGUUUUUAGGUGUGAUGGAUGUAGAGGGCUGAGCAAUGGCUUUGUGUAUCGCUGUGAUGAGUGUCAAUUCGACCUUGAUGUUUGUUGCGGUUCUCUAAAGGACACAAUUGAACAUGAAAGUCACAAUCACCCUCUUCACUUAGAGAAGACGGGCGCUCCCAGAAUAUGCAAAGGUUGUCACCUUCAGUCUAAUCAUGUCUAUGUGUGUCAUGUUUGUGAAGAUUUCGCUAUUGAUUGUGGAUGCGCUACUCUGCCGAAUAAGGCAUGGCACGUGUUUGGCAAACAUCCUCUGAAGCUAACAUGUUUUGCUGGAACUGAUUUGAGGGGAAAUGAAUGUGGAAUUUGCAGUGAGAAAAUGUCAUUGGAGCAAUGGUUCUAUUUCUGUGAUGAUUGUGACUUUGCUGCUCAUACUCAUUGUGUUGUUGGCAAGUGUUGGCGUGUGAAGUUUGGAGGAACUUUCAAAUAUGAUACUCACUCCCACCCUCUGGCUUUGGUGGAAGAAACUAGGAAGAACACUGCAUGUGAAGCCUGUGAUGAACAAUGCAAUGGAUUGGCACUUGAAUGUGGGCAAUGCAAAAGCUACUACCACAGAGAAGGGAAGUGUUUCUGGGAACAGUUCAAAGAGAGUGCAAAGUAUUUUGCAUUCUCGGGAACCAUGUUGCGGUACAGGUAUGCAGCAAAUGUAUUUGCUGCCACUCCCAAUGUAACCACCAAGGGAGAGACUAAACAUAGAAAAUAA